UGUCACACAGCUCAAACACCUCGCGUUCUGGCCAAAAACAAAAUAUUUUUUUCAAAGUGAAUUUUACAAAUUCUACAUUAGAAUUAGCUUUUUCUUUUUUGUGUCAUGCAAACGUCACAUGUUAUGCCGCCGUUUUCGCCACGAUCUUCACUUCGUUUUUUGUUUGGACGAUAAAUUCCAUCGACUCAGCUCGUAAAACUGUCAUUUUAAAACCAAGAAUAAACUGUUAUCUUUUUACCGGACUACCUUGAGGGAAUAAUGAACAAUUCCGUACUGAAUUUCAGCGCAAGCAACGUAUCGGACCAACUCCGUAAUGGCACAGACAAUCGGUUUACAGUCCACCUCACUGGCUUUGAAAACAUUAUCGACAACAAAUGCGUGCAAGCAAUAUUCUGCGUCAUUUAUACAACCAUCUUCGUAUUGGGAUUGUCGGGAAACAUUCUUGUCUGCUUCGUCGUCAUUAGAAACAAGGCAAUGCAAACUGUCACCAACUUAUUCAUUAGCAAUUUAGCUCUUUCCGACAUCCUACUUUGCAUAUUUGCCGUCCCUUUCACCCCUCUUUACUCCUUCCGCGGAGUUUGGAGUUGGGGAUCUCUCUUAUGUCACAUAAUGCCUUUCGCACAAGGGUGCAGCGUAUACAUAUCCACUUUGACACUUAUGUCUAUAGCUAUCGAUAGGUUCUUUGUAAUAAUAUACCCAUUUCGCCCGAGGAUGAAAAUAGAGACUUGUAUCACAGUUAUUAUAAUGAUAUGGACUUUUUCUAUCACGGUGACAAUGCCGUAUGCAAUAUUCAUGACUUAUUACGACUUAGAUAUUGGGAGGUUCUGCGAAGAGACGUGGCCGACUGAGGAAUUGAGGCGAAUAUUCGGCUCUGUGACGUCGGUGAUGCAAUUUGUGCUACCGUUCAUAGUGAUUGCUUUCUGUUACACCUGUGUUAGCUUGAAACUGAAUGACAGGGCCAAAGCUAAGGCUGCCAGUAAAAAUUCUAGAAAAGAUGAGCUGGAGAAAAAUAGGAAACGCCGAACGAAUCAAAUGUUGAUUGCUAUGGUCACGAUUUUUGGUCUGUCGUGGCUCCCUUUGAACGUUAUCAAUCUAUGCAACGACUACUACAUCUACGCAAUACAUUUGAAAUAUUACUUCCUAAUUUUCUUCAUUGGGCACGUGAUCGCGAUGUCGUCUACGUGUUACAACCCUUUUAUUUACGCGUGGAUGAAUGAGAAUUUCAGGAAAGAGUUUAAGCAGUUGAUUCCAUGUAUAGAUACUACUGCUCAAUUGAGGGGGAAUAUUCAGUUGGAGCAGUUGGGCGUAGGUCAGUCUGAGAAGACGUUUAAUGGGAACACCACGACGGACAGUUACUUAGGGUCGAGCAGUCAGAGAGGGACUUCCUUUAGGCACAAGAGGAAGCCGAGUGCUGCUGGUGAUGUAGAGAAAAGUGGCGUGGAGUUGAAUGAGGAUCUGUUGACGGUGGAUGUGAAGCAUUGCCAUAUUUCCACGAGCUAUAAUCUGAGGAGGGAGUCCGUCAAGCUGAGACUGAUCAACGAGGAAUCAUUCGACGGGACUCCGACGCAGACUCAAUUCUAACAGUUGAUAUCGCGGGUGCGGCGCUGGAGACGUUCCCAUAUAUGAGAGUCAUAGAUAUUCUAAAGAAUGCCCAAUAUUUUUGGAUAGACUUUAUUUUUUACUCAAAUUGUCUAUAGUCUAUACUAUGCACAUCAAACGACUACUGAACUAAAAUACGCUUAAUAUUACUAACCUUUAGAUAAGACUUAAGUCCAUUAAUUGACCUCAGAGCACAAUUUUCAAUUUUUUUACUACAUAGUCCUGUAAAUUAUAGGUAGAAAGGUUAAGCCGAUUUAUAUUUCUACCCUAUUUCUUGUUACUCAGAAUCUUACGUGAAACAAUCUUCGAUUUCAAUCUUCAAGAAGUAGUUUAUUGAUCCUUUUCUAUAAAAAAUGUGUUAUAAGUAUAGUUAUAAGUAUUUAAGUUAAAAAUAACUAACUAAAUUAAUCACAACAUUUUUGUGUCAGGAGCGAUAGAUUUUUUUAUUACGUUCUAAUUGCUAAAAUAGUAGACUUAUUUUAAUUAUUGCUACUAAUUUUUUGAAAGUUCAUACAAUAUAAAUUAUUUAAUUACAUUAUUAUAUUGAAAUGUCCGCGAAAAAGUAAAUGGUCGACACCAAUACAUAUGUCAUGAUCAUGAGUAGAAAAUAUAAAAUUAACUUUCGUAGAAUAUAGCUUGCUACGAACUCCUUUGUAGCUAGCUUCGUGAAGACGCUACGAACUAUAUUAAAAUGCUUGGCGCGGUAUGAUUUGCUUUUUUAAAUUUUAUUUGUUUUUAUUUUGUAAUAUUAAGUAAGAAAAUAUAUUAGUUAUUAAAAGUAACAAUAUUUAAACAGGAUACUUGUUAGAUCUGUAAUAUUGUAGAUCAUAACAUUGACAAAAAUGUUUUUAUGAAUUAUAGUUUAAUUUUCUUUUACGAUUAAAAUAAUCGAAAGGAACUUAUGAAAUUAAAUUGUUAUUGUCGUGAUUAAUAAUAACGUUACACAGGUGUGUGGUGUGGUGUGUUGUGUCAUUUUUUCCCACUUUUGUUUUUAUUGUGACCUAAUAUAGACGUAAAGUUUCAAUAGUUUUGCGUAGGUUUGUGUGUUGUUGACUGUACUAUAUGAAUUUCUGGAAGUAAUAAUAAAAACGAUAACAAUGGUAAACAGGGAUAAAAUCCAUAAGACGAUUAGAAAAAAUGACAAAUAUUUGAGAUGAAAAAUGUAUGACAAAAUCUACCAAAAAGUAUUUUUUGUUAGUUUACCAAAAAUUACUUUUAUAUAGUUUGUAAUUUUUAUGAAGUCGAUGAGAUGAAGAUCGUAGAAUUAGUCUUUCUGUAUAACUGGUAUGGUAAAAUGGUAAAAAAGGUUGUUUAGCUGUUUUAUUGUAACUAAUUGUAUACAAAUUGUAUUGGGUUAAAACACAAAGAUAAUAAAUUAAUUUACAUAUUUGAAAUAACUAUGGUAGUAAAUAUAAUAUAAGAGUGGUUAGGCGGUAAGUACAGGGACGGAACACAAAAACUAUGUUUUUUUCUAUUCCGUUAGGACAUAUAUGAUAUGGGCCCUUAUAUAAAUUCUGUGUACACACCAUAGUCCAGUCGGCCAAACAUUAAACUCAACCUAAUCAAAAACAGGGCUGGGCGAUUGGCACCGUGGCUAAAUUUCUUUCCGUCCCAAUCGUCUAACGACCCAAAUAUAAACAGUUAUGCUAUAUUAAAUUAUAUUUAUGUAUUAUCUAUAUAUACAUAUAAUUAUAUAUUAAUAUUUGUUAUGUGGUUUGAUUAUGUAAGUUUAUUUUAGCACCGUACGAUUUUUCUAUUUGUUACUUUGUUUUUCAUAGAACAACAAAGUUUCAUAAACAAAAAAAAAAUUAAAUGUCUAUUUGAGAUAUUAAUAAUUCCAAUAAAAGAAGUGUUAGUGUGUGAUUAGUUGUGUAAAAUUAGUGCCCAAGAGAUGAAUUGCAGAUAUUAAAAUUCAUUAGGUAAUAUUCACAUAAUUAUACUAUAGUGUAAUUGUAUCCCUUAUCGACAUUUCCGAGUGCCUGUGAUUUGGUAAAGAAUUUGUAUAUUAUGAAGUGUCAAAAUAUUAAUGUGAGUCAAUGUAAGCAAUACGUUUAAAUUAGUUAUAAAUAAAUUUAAGUGUAUGGUUAGAGGUUUUGAAUUUAGCUAGCGAUAAGUCACAUAUGUAUGAAAGGACGUGUUUUAAAUACAUAGAUGAGUUACAGCGACCAUAUUUUGGAUAAUAAAACACGUUGUUUAGAACGUAUACAACUCUAAUGAAACGUGCAAUUUUAUUUUUUAUUCAAAUGCGACCUCUUUUAUAUGCUAAUUGCUAUCCACAAAUGUAUUGUCCACAAAUGUUUUUUUAUGUUAUUACAUUUUUCUACUUUGUGAAUGCAAAAUAUCAUUAUUACUACAUAGUAUAAGCCAACAUCGCUUCCCGCUGUCAGUUCCUAUACAUGCUUAGAUCUUGAAAACUACGCAACGGAUUUUGAUGCGGCUUUUUUAAUAGACGAGUGAAUGUUAAAAAUUGUGUACCUUGCGUAGGUUAAAGUUAACGUCAAAGUUGACUGGAGCAACCAACGACGAAUUCAAGACGAAUCCUCUAAUUCUGACUAAAGGAACAUUUAGAGAUUUUGCAUAUUAGCUGGUGAAUCUGCGAAGUUGCACUUUAAGGAUGAAGCUGUAACAUUUUCUUUGUAGGAAUUCCCAAUAGAAGUCGUUAUUUGAUAUUGAAUGUAUUAGAUACUUGUCUUAAAUCUAAAGUGUGAUCGAUUGUGUAGAUAUGUGUCUGUGAUUUGCACAAAAUUAGUAAAUUAUUCUUUUUUGGAAAAGAAGAUGAAACAUCGACAAAAUCAGUCUUAAAAUGAUGUUAUACCGGGGUAAUAAAAUAUGAAAAUACAAUUGGAUCAUACGAAGUGGUAUCUUACCUCAUUGGGUAAUGGAUUUAAAAAAAUAUAUCGUCAAUGUAAUAAACAAUAACCUCCUUCCGAAUACCCAUUUUAUUUAGAAGUGAUACAAUAUGAAUUCCAAACAUUAUAUGAAGUAUCUACCCAAGGCACCGUAUUUUACCACAUCGUAUAAAUAUAGUAUAAAGAUAGUUUUUGCACCUUAUAUGUGAUAUGUUUUAUUCACUCUUAAAAGUAUGAAAUCUGAAGAUAUUAAAUCAAGUUUUGGUUAAAUUGAGAUAUUCUGUUUUGCGCACUGCAAUUUAAAAUACCGUCGUUCAAAAUUGAGUUGAGUUCUAAUCAAGGAAUACUAAAAAUGCGAAAGUUUGUGAGGAUGUAUGUGUGUGUGUAUGUUUAUUACUCUUUCACGCAAAAUCUACUGGACCGAUUGUUUCGAAAUUUGGUACAUGGGUAGAAUAUUACCUAGAAUAACACAUAGGGUACUUUUUAUCUCGAAAUUCCCACGGGAAGCUCCGAAGCGCAGGUAGUAAUUACAAUAUAUUCUUUCUAAAGCGCGUUGAGCUAAGAAGAGGUAUGGUCUAUUUGGUUUGUCGAAUUUAUAAUGAAGGAACUUCUAUUAUAAUUAGUAGUAUUCGAAUCGGUGCGCAAAACGGCAUAUCUCCAUAAUAUAAUCUAAUUUAUGAUGCAAGAGGGUUGUAAUUUUUAAAAUGUGGAAAUCGAUUUUUAAAGAAAUUCUUGAUAAGCAAUACAAAAUUAUGAGCUGUUUUGAACAAUGGAUGAGUCCUUUUGUUUUAUGAUUAAAUAUAUAUUCAAAUUU